UUCCUUCACACACCCCGGCCUGCUAUGAGUGAGGAUAACACAUGGGAGCCGCAACACAACCUGGACGGCCCCGACCAUAUCGCAGAGUACAUGCAGAAACACAAGGAGAAGGAGGAGAAGAAGAAGGAGGGCAAGAGGAAAGUUGUCAGUGAGGCCUCGGGAGACUCAGAGGAGCGAGGGAGCAAGAGGAAGAAGGAGGAGGAGCCCUCAGAAGAGGUCAAGCUGGCAACUGUAGCAGGAAAGAAGGGCAAGAAGGCCGAAGAGGAGGAGCAGCCUGCAGCUGUAGCAGUGAAGGAGGAUGAGGAGGUGGAGGAGGAGUAUGAGGUGGAGAAGGUUUUGGACCGCAGAGUGGUGAAGGGAAGAGUAAAGUUUCUGCUGAAAUGGAAGGGGUUCUCAGAUGAGGAUAACACAUGGGAGCCGCAAGACAACCUGGACUGCCCCGACCAUAUCGCAGAGUACAUGCAGAAACACAAGGAGAAGGAGGAGAAGAAGAAGGAGGGCAAGAGGAAAGUUGUCAAUAAGGCCUCGGGAGACUCAGAGGAGCGAGGGAGCAAGGGGAAGAAGGAGGAGAAACGGAGAGGAGGAGAGGUACCCAAAUGUCACCACUGUCAACACUGUGACAAAUCCUUCACAACAUCAAAAUAUUUAAAGAUUCAUCAGAGAGUUCACACUGGACGGAAUCUACACAGCUGUGAUCAAUGUGGGGCAGCUUUCACACAACAGAGUACCCUAAAAACACAUAAACGCAUUCACACUGGAGAGAAGCCAUACAGCUGUGAUCAAUGUGGGGCAGCUUUCAAACAACAGGGUACCCUAAAAACACAUCAACGCAUUCACACUGGAGAGAAGCCAUACAGCUGUGAUCAAUGUGGGAAAACUUUUACUAGGAGUGGUAGCCUAGAAAGCCACCGACGUGUUCACACUGGAGAGAAGCCGUACUGCUGUGAUCAAUGUGGGAAAACCUUUUCUCACAUUAGUAACCUUAAAAUACACCAGCUCAUUCACACUGCCUCAUAGUGAACAUGUUUCCGAGCCAAGCUGUUUCCUCCUGCCUCCUCCUCAUGCCCUGAUAGCUGUGUUGUUAUAUUCUGAUCUUCUCUCCACAUUGAAGGCUGACCA